GUAGUAAUUUAAAUUAUAGAAAUUGACAAUUUAUAAUGCUAAAUUGAAACAGCAAAAUUACGUCAUUGUGAAUGCUUUUAACCACUCAUGAGAACAAAGAAACUGGAUACUAAAUAUCAUCUGUCAAGAUAAGACAUGGCAACUGGUUUGUCAAUCUCACUUGAAUUCAGUGGUGGGGCAGAGCUUUUGUUUGGGAAAGUGAAAAAACAUGAUGUUGUGCUAGAAGAAGCAAAACAACCAUGGUCAAUAAAGAAACUCUUGUUUUGGAUAAAGGAUAACUUGUUACAAGAAAGACCUGAACUAUUUCUUCAGGGUGAAACAGUUCGUCCAGGAAUUUUAGUUUUGAUCAAUGAUGCCGAUUGGGAAUUGAUGGGUGAAGCUGAUUACAUGCUACAAGAAAAUGAUCGAGUAGUCUUCAUAUCAACUCUUCAUGGUGGUUAAAAUAUCAACUACUGUUAAUCUAACAGAAGUUGAUCAAUGUGAUGAACUGAUAUGUUUAUAGUGAAUUUGUGAAGCAGCUUAAAUGUGAUCAACCCCUGAAAAGUGCAGCACUGCUUUUGUUCACAUUAAAAAAUUCUUCACAGCAAAA